CGCAAAAGCCUCGCGGCCGCCGCUGGUUGCCAUGACGCUGCAGCGCUUGCACUCGAACGGGAACUACCCGUCGGUGGCCUCUCUCGCGAGCGCCCAGCGCGCCGCGCUUGUCGCGCCGCUCGUCGCCCUCGGCGCUGUGGGCCUCUCGCUCGGCGCUGCGUGGGCGUGGCAGGCCAAGCAGCAGAUGCCGCUGCUCGACGAUCGCGCCGAGGAAGAGGGCGCGGAGGGGGAGGGGGCGUGCGUGGAUCUGCCGGCGGCCACCAAGCCGGCGGCGCGACGCCGCCACAAGCGGCAGAAGGGGCGCUCUGCCGACGCCAAGGCGGUUGCGGCGGCGCAGCGCGGCAAGGCCUCCUCCGCAGAGGAGGGGUCGGAGGCGGGGAGCGAGGGGGCGACCGGCAAGGCGUACGGCAAGGGGUCGGCGGACGGCGUCGAGCGUGCCGACUCCGACACCGCCUCGACGCACGAGCCGGCCGCCGAGGCUGCGGCGCUUGCCCCUCCGGGGGAUGCGGACGACGCCGCCGACGACGCUGCCGCCGACGACGCGGCAGCCGACGACAGCGCGGCCGAUGUCGAGGUUGCGCCGAUGCCGGCCAGUGAGCCGGAGCUGUGGACGACCAGCAUGCCCGCCUCACCCCCCGCCGCCUGGAGCGAGGAUGCCGCCAGCCCGGGUGGCUGGAACGUCGUCGAGCGGCGACGCGCGCGCACCCGGCGGCCUUCCCCGGAGCCCGACGCGGCGAGCGGCGCCGGGGAGGGCCCUGUCGCGGCGGCGGAAGCUGCUGCUGCGGGCGCAACGUCGGACGCCGGCCUGGCUGUGCUCGGCAAGCGGCGCGAGGAGCGGGCUUCCGGCCCCGUUGCGGGCGGCGCGUGAGGGCCGCGCCGCCAGCUCGCUCCACCCGCGGCCUGGCGUAGAGCAGACCAGCCGCGCCGGGGCUGGUGCGGGUUGGGGGGAGGACGCCUGACGGGGCCGUCCGGCGGCUCUUGUGUUUUGCGGCCGCCUUCGCUGUGUCGGUGAGCUGGGGCUUGCCCGCCACUGCUGUGCUUAGAUGCACCGAGGGACAGAGGAGAGGAGGUGCGUGAUGGAGGGUGUUGUGAGGAGGGGAGGGGGGGAGUGUGGUGUGCGUGUCUGUCGCCGCUGUGAUGUGCAUGCGGGAUGCGAGAGAUGCGAGAUCGAGAGAGAUGAUGGCCUCCGCCGCCGUACGUGUCGCCGCGCCGCUCGGCUGUGCGCGCACUCGAGUGUUGGUGUUGGGUUGUCCCGGCAGUCUCACACCGCGAGUGACGCGCACUGUCUUAGUUCUGGUUCGCUUGCUUUUGUCUGUCAGUUGAGGUGUUGGCUGAAGUAAGUCGUCUGUGGGUCGUUUGCUUCAAUUUCUCGAAAUAAGUGUGGUCAACCU